GGCCUGCCUCUCAGUGUUUUACAACUUCACACAGCAGCGGCUGUUUUUAUCCAAGAGAUGGUCCAUUAACGGGAGGAGGAGGAGGCGGGAUGCAUCAUGACUGGCUUUGGCAGACUCUCCCUACACAUGAUGCUCCUCGGUGCAGGAGGUGCAGCUCUGGGGCGACUGUUUCCAAAUACUCCCUCUGUCUCCAUCUGCUGGAAAGAGCUGCUGGACCCGAGCAGUAACCGGGAAACGGCGAGUUCAGGUGCAUAAAGGAGACACAACCCAAAAAAAAAAAAAAAAAAUCUGUUUAUUUACCUUCGCUCCAAAGUAUUUGGGUCAUUAGGAGGAAUUAAGGGGAAAUGAGAGCUUCUGUGCUGCGUCCGUCAUCCGGGUUCGCUUGCACCGCUGAAUUUCCUCCACACCGCAGUCAGUGAAAGCAGCAGCAGCCGGAGUCGUCGUCCCCCUCCCCUCACCCACCCCGUGAAACCAUCACGGCGCCGAGGCCAGAAUCGCAUGGAAACAUGGCCGCUAUGAGGACUUUAACCGUAGCGGGGCUGUUCUUGGCGUUCUGCGCGCUGGGACUGAUCGCGGUGGCGAUCAGCACCGACAACUGGUACGAGACGGACGCCAGGCGACACCGGGAACGCUGCAAGAAUUACUCCAACAAAAGGAACGACCCGGGCUACAUCUACAUCUCCAACAACAACCUUCCGCUCCGCAUGCUGCCCAGGGAGAAACCUGCGGAGAGGAAGGGCGACAUUCUCCUGCGAGCCAAGAGGCACUUCUUGCCUCCCGCUUCGGCCAUGGAGUCGCUUUGCAGUCGGCACUUCAACUCUACCAUCACCGGCCUGUGGAGGAAGUGCCACCGGGAGGGAUUCGACCGAGAGAUUGAGGAUUUGAUCUUUAAAGGAUUAGUACCGCGCUGCACAAGCAUAAAAUACUACUACUCUUCAGCAGCACUGCCCAGAAACCUGCCAAUCAAUCUAACUAAGACCAUCAGGCAGGAUGAAUGGCACGCACUCCACCUGCAGAGGAUGACUGCCAGCUUCAUUGGCAUGGCUAUAUCCAUCAUCCUGUUUGGCUGGAUUAUAGGCGUGCUGGGCUGCUGUCAGGAGCAUGAUCUGAUGCAGUAUGUGGCUGGACUCCUCUUCCUCAUGGGAGGGACCUGCUGUAUAAUCUCCCUCUGCACAUGCGUGGCUGGGAUCAACUUUGAACUGUCUCGCUAUCCCCGCUACAUGUUCGGUAUACCAGAGGACAUCAGUCAUGGUUACGGCUGGUCUAUGUUUUGUGCUUGGGGAGGACUGGGCCUCACAUUGCUGGCAGGCUUCCUGUGCACACUGGCUCCUUCCCUCUACCCCCCACACUCCCCGGUGGGUCACAAGCCCAGACAGGAGAAUGGCUGCGUGUGACAGAGCAUGAGCACCCCAAACAGAUGCCUGUCUCAUCCUGAAACGGUACUGAGCCUUGCUCUGCACUGCAGACAGUUUCAUCAAUGUCUCUGAGAGCCACCAGACAGAGAAAAAAGCACAGUCUCUCAGAAAGACUAAAUGAUAAAGAAGCGACAUUUGACUGAAGUUCAGUUCGUCUGGUGCUUUUUUCCGAAUGAACUCUUAUGUGUCAUUGCUUGCUCUCAAGGAGGCGGACAUGAUCAUUUCUUCCUAUAAAUUCUGCGAGAUGGAGAAGAACAAAAAAAUAAAUAAAAAGAGAAACUGGCAGAAGUUUAAUAGCACAACUUUGAAAUAAACUGUAUUGAAAAGAAAAGUAUUAAUGUGCAUCAUCACAUUUCAAAGGGCAACUGUGUAUCAUUAUGUACCCAUUCAGAUCUAUAAAUAUGUACAUGUACUUUUUGAAUCGUAUGUAUGCAGAUGCAUUUGUGUUUAUUCAAGGCAAAAUAUGAGCAUUAAGACAAAACUGUGUUUGAGGGAAAUUUUUUUGUUUGUUCUUGAGGUCUUACCUUCACCAAGAUAUUUUUGGAAAAAUAAAAAGGCCAUGCAAAACGAAUGUUUUCUGCAUAAAACAUUAAACUGACAUACAUGCUUUUAUAGAUCCAGUUUGGAUCAACGUGAACUCGGAUGUGUGUCGGGGCAAAGCAAACAGAAAGCAUCUUACAAGCAUUUAAUGCUUACAUGUAUAAAUGUAAGGAGGCAGAAAAUGACACCAGUCUUCCUAACUUUAUGAUAAAACCUUCACACAUUGAUUAGCAGUUAUAAAACAUUUAGCAAAGUAAUUUUAAGCCGAGGUAAAUGAAAUAUCCUUU